AAGUCCACCAUCUGUUAUAUAUGCUGAAGAAACCCUUCGUUGUUUUUCAAAAGGACAGUGCGUCGCUGCUCCAUCACUCAUUCCGCUCAUCUGCAGUUCCGGUAACGAUUGAGGUUCACCAACGGGUUGGCCACCUCGGAAAGUAGCCAUCAUGGCAAGGAAUCAGACUUUCAACUCCCACCGAUUGGUCAAGGGCUGGACCUUCAAACAGGCUGACGAUGCCGAAGAUGGCUGGAUGCCAGUGAAGUCGGUACCGACGAAUGUCCAUCUAGACCUAAUAGACAAUGAUAAAAUUCCAGACCCGUUUCUAGGUUUCAAUGAGCUCAAAGCUGAGUGGGUAGCAGACAAGGUGUGGAAGUACAAGGUUGAAUUGCCCAAAGUACCUGAAGCACCGCAAGGCACUGUGCAUGCCCUAGCAUUUGAUGGCUUGGACACUUUUGCAACCGUUAAGCUUAAUGGAGCAACUAUCCUUGAAAGUAAUAACAUGUUUAUCCCACACCGCAUCGACGUUACUCAGAAGCUCGGAUCGGACAAGAACGUCUUGGAAAUCGACUUUGCAUCUGCUCGCCUCGAGGCCAUCAAAAUUAAGGACAACCACCCGGAGCACAAAUGGGUUGGGUUCAAUGGCGACAUGGCAAGGCUUGGCGUAAGGAAAGCUCAGUACCACUGGGGUUGGGAUUGGGGCCCAAUUCUCAAUACCUGUGGCCCGUGGCGUGAAGUGCGAUUGGAAACCUACGCAGCCAGAAUCGAAGAUUUGAGGAUCGACUAUCAACUCGACGACAGCCUGAAGUCAGUUCAGGGGACGAUAUCGGCAGUCAUCGAAGGUUCCUCGGCAGAUAGUGUCUGCUUCAAUGUGUUUGAUGGAGAGACAAAUGUGUUUAGGGAGACGACAAAGAUCAACAACGGCGUGGCGAAUGUGGAUUUCCAUGUCAAUAGCCCGAAACUGUGGUAUCCCCACGGCUACGGUGGGCAACCUCUCUACACUUUCACUGCAACGGCCCUGGCAGAUGGAGCAGAGCUGCAUCAAGCAUCACGUAGAACAGGUUUCCGAAGAGGCGAGCUUGUCCAACAGUCCGAUGCCAUUGGAAAAAGCUUUUACUUCAGAGUCAACGGCGUCGAUGUCUUCUGUGGUGGCUCAGACUGGAUCCCUGCAGACUCAUUUACCCCUAGAGUGAGCGAAGACAAGUACCGCAAAUGGCUCGAGAUGAUGGUAGAUGGGUAUCAGGUAAUGAUUCGCAUAUGGGGCGGUGGCAUCUGGGAGGAGAAUAUCUUUUACGACAUCUGCGACGAGAUUGGUGUUUUGGUGUGGCAGGAUUUCAUGUUUGGGUGCGGCAACUAUCCCGCCUUUCCGGACAUUCUGCGAUCAAUCAAGGAAGAAUGCACGGCCAACGUCACCCGACUGCGACACCACCCAUCGAUAAUCAUCUAUGCUGGUAACAACGAGGACUAUCAGGUGCAAGAACAAUAUGGCUUGACCUACGAUUACGAGGACAAGGACCCGGAGAGCUGGCUCAAGACUGAUUUCCCUGCACGGUACAUUUACGAGAAGCUGCUACCUGACGUCGUUGCCGCGGAGAGCCCGCAUGUACCGUAUCAUCCGGGCUCGCCAUGGGGCGACGGGCUCAAAACAUCCAACCCCACAGUGGGUGACAUGCAUCAAUGGAACGUGUGGCAUGGCAGGCAGGAAAAGUACCAAAUUUUUGAUACCCUGGGCGGGCGUUUCAAUAGCGAGUUUGGUAUGGAGGCGUUUCCCCAUAUCGAUACGAUCAAGUACUAUUGCACCGAUCCUUCGCAACUCUACCCGCAGAGCCACAUGCUCGACUUUCACAACAAGGCAGAUGGCCACGAGCGGCGAAUAGCAACGUAUCUAGUGGAAAAUUUCCGCACCAAGACGGAUUUGGAGUCUUUUAUCCAUCUCACACAACUCUCGCAGGCCGAAGCGCUAAUGUUUGGCUAUCGAGGCUGGAGGCGUCAAUGGGGACAAGAUAGGCACUGCGGCGGCGCGCUGGUCUGGCAGCUCAACGAUUGCUGGCCAGUCACUUCGUGGUCGAUUGUGGACUACUUCCAACGCAAGAAGCCGGCGUAUUACGCAAUGCGCAGGGUGCUUGCGCCCAUUGCCGUUGCUGUCAAGCGAGUGCACUUUGAUUGGAGCGUGGUGCACGCAAGAGUGCCCAGCACGAGCGACUUUGAAGUCUGGGUCGCGAACCAGAAGCUAGAAGAGGUUACGGCGAUGGUUGAGUUGCGGUAUAUUAGCAUUACGAGUGGAAAGGAGAUUAAGGACAAGGUGGUCAAGAAGAACAUCAAGCUUGUACCGAACGGUACGACGGACGUCUUGUCGGGCACGAUUGACAACCGGAACGAGGAGCCGCAUGUCCUAGCCGUACGCAUAUGGGUCAAUGGGGAGAUUGUGUCGCGCGACGUGGAUUGGCCCCAGCCGCUCAAGUACCUAGACUUUGAGAGUCGAGGCGUGGAGGUAAUACCGCAGGGCGAGACGAUUGUAGUCAGAGCCCAGAAGCCGACAAAGGGCCUAGUUUUCGAGGAGCGCUCUGGCGUCCUGAUACACGACAGUGCCAUAGACAUUGUCCCUGGUGACGAUCAGGUCAUCAAAGUAAGGGGACUAGGUAGGCAGGAUGAACCGUUACGGUGGACAUAUCUGGGCAAAGACUAAAGGUCAGCAUAUGCAUACGCAUCGGGGCUAGCAUGAUCGGGAGAUGAUGAUAAUGAUGAUGAUGAGGGCAGGAACGGUGGGAUUAUGCAGAGCUAUCAGAUUGGUACCCAGCCCGCAUGAGGACAGGCGGCUACUUGACGGACAGCUAGUGAGAGUAAGAGUGAGAAGUAAGAGGAUCUGGUCAGCCCCGUGUGUGUCGAUAAGAUUAAUAUUGAAGAUGCGAACCCGAGGGGGUGACCCAUGAAAAAACCAAGUCCCGUGGGAUUUUACC